GGUCAACUCUGCCUGCUUUUACGUUCAGCUCCCUUUCCCUCUUCCGGGUCUGCUGCGCUGAUUGCCCAGAGUUGAAGGAGAGAGUAUGAGGAGAGUCACCCUGUUUGUUAAGGGAAGUGCCAGGCAAGGCAAGGUAAGUUGGCAUGAAUGAGCCAGGGCGUGAUAUCAAAGCCUUGGCCGCUCUAAGCUGGCUGAGGAUUCUUAGAAACACAGUCCACAACCUCAGAGUGCCAAUUGUUCACAUAGCAUAAUAAACAGAACUCCACUAAACAAAGGCUUAAUCUGACUUUCCUUUUACAAGUCACCUGGCUACACAUAGUUGGAAUAAGGGGCAGGCAAUAUAGUAAUAAAUGUACUUUUUAAUAUAUAUAUAUAUAUAUAUAUAUAUAUAUAUAUAUAUAUAUAUAUAUAAAAACUUCCUUUGCAAGUAGGUCAAGAAAAUGUAUUUGUGCAAGUUUAUAACCAACAAACUCUCUGAAAAAAAAUGGUUUAUUUCCCCUUCAGUGAUUGUGUACCCAAAACCUUGAAGGUAAAAAAAAAUAAAAAUGUAAAUGCAAUGACUCACCUGAGUUUUUGUUCUUCAGGUGCUUCCUGUCAAUGGAUCGCUUCCUGAUCUGCUGUUUGUGGCCAGUGCUAAGUUUGGAAUCCAAGCAACAUGUUUAUACAAUGAGAGAGGUGGAGAGAUAGAUGACAUUGACCUGAUCAGGUACAGUGUUAUGUUUGCAAAGCAGCGUGUAUGUGGGAAUAUGCAUACAUUGUCUAUUUAUUAUUAACCCAGUGUCCUUUUAUAGUUAAUUCUAUUAAAAAUAAAUCCCUAAGAUACUUGAUACUGUUAUCUUCGGUGUUAUUGAAAGCAAUUGUGUACCAUAAAUAUUGUUAAAACACAUACAAAAGCAUGCAAUACCACAGUGAAUACAUUAUGCUAAACUAUAUCUGCUAAGGUCCUUUCGAUUGACUUAUACUUUUUUAAAUAUACUACAGCAGAUAUUGACUACUUGAGAUUGAUGGCAUCUUGGAAUGCUGUGGUUUUUUAUUUUAGGAGUCUCUGUAGAAAAAUGCAGAGUUGCUUAUUCUUUCACUAAUAAAAAAAAAUAGGUUGCUUCCUGGAUAGGACUUGGUCUCCUCCUGAUUUGUGAGGUUACAUUUCACUGAGGGAAAUUCCCAAACUUUAGGUGCUGUCAAGACCAGGCUUUGUUCAUGCCAGUUAUAUCCAAAUUAAACCUAUAAUAAUGUUCCAGAUACUCUGCGGAUCUGCAAAUGACUGUUUGUUUUAUUCCGUGAUUUUGUCAACAAUCUGGUCUUUGUCAAGACUUGACAAAGACGAGAUUGUUGGUUGAAACAUUGCACGCAAGGGUCUGAGACAUCAUGUGUAUUUGUUUACUAAAUAGUAAGAACAUGGGUCAGUUUUUAUUUCUAAGUAUUUGUUCUAACACUGGCUGGCAUUCAUCCUUGAUGUUGGCGCCUUACUUGACUACUUUUCUUGGCACUGUUUUAGAAAUCAGAGUGAGAUUUAUGAUGUUUCCUUUAUUAAUGAGCUAGAUCUGUAGUUUCAGACUUGAUACAUUUGCAAUUUUUUUUUUUUUAAAGAUGCAAUGUGUAUAUAAUGUUGUAUCAUUUUUCUUUCUCAUUGUGGUGUUCUUGAUUAUUUUGCCCCCCAGAGAUGAUGAUGUUUUAUACGUGUGCGGGGAAGAACCUCUUACAGGUAUGUCUGCUUCAGUCACUCAUCAAUGUUAUUUGCAUUUAAUCUAACUUUCUCUUCCAUUUACCCUUUGCCAGUGAUGCCUAACCUUUUGGCACUUCAGCUUUUUGGACUACACUUGUUGUCAUAUUUUCAUGUCAUCUCAUAUAUUUCCAUACCUGUGUUCAUACCUUAGAUCCAACAACUGAUUCUAUGAAUGAGCCAAUGAUUAUGGAGCCGCUAACUGGAAGUCACACAGACUGGCUGACGCUCAAUGUAGGGGGACGUUAUUUCACUACAGCACGGUCGGGUCCUUUUUUAACUUCUUAUCAUUAGUGCAGGAAUUGUUAAGUGUUUAGUGGAUUACUCUAGGAUAAGUUGACAUAACAUGAAACUGGCAGGGGGAAACUUGCUAAUAAUGGAUUGUGAAAUGAAGUAUGAUUUGUUGAGAUUACUACCACCACGAUAAAGGAAGGGACUCCAAAUAUUCCCAUUCAAUGGCCUUGAUUGUUGUGUUUUUUUGCUCCAUCUAUCAUGUUUGAUAUGAUAAAUCUAGUUGGUUUAUUAAGUAAACUGAAUUGUAGUGAAUUGAAAUCUAAACUGCAAUCUUUAGGUGAAAAUAACAAAGGUUAUAAUAUAACAGAACUUGAACAUAAUGUAUUAUAUGGUCCACUGUGAAUAACCUUUUAUCUUGCUUUAUUUCUUCCUAUAGGAGCACUCUGGUCAGUAAGGAGCCAGACAGCAUGCUGUCUCACAUGUUCAGUGACAGAGGUUUGUAGCACCGAUUUUAUAAACAAGUGUGUCCGUUUAUAGUAAAUCACAAUCUAUCUGGUCACCAACUCUUUGAGUGCAGUGUUCAGAGGCAGUUCAUUUCCCAGUGUGGUAUAGGUGAACAGGCUGCAAGUAUUCAGGUCACCAGGUGGCAGUAUAUCUCUGAAUAUUCUGCUGUGUAACUCUGUGAAAAGGUUGUUAACCAGAUUUGAGAGACUGCAGGUCCAGUUAGGCAUAAUAAGUGUUAGAAAUCACUAAGUCAUUAGCCCCCCCCCCCAACCUCCCCCAAAGUUUGGGAACAGUUGCUAAGGGAGCAAUUUUUAGGUACAUUCUGCUGGCUAGCAGGAGAUGGUUGUAACCUUAUUUAAACAGAGCUCUCAUCACCUCUUCAGUCCAUUUGCUUAAAUAUGUUUGGUGCUUUUUAAAGACAUCAAUAAUCCUAAUAAUGGGAUGCAUGUAGAGUUGAGUAACCCAAACCGCACUUUAGGAUUUUCCAGGAGGCCCCUGGCUCAUGCCCAAAGAAUCUAUCUAACUACAAAGAUAUAAGGGAUCUACAUUGCAGACAUAAUCUGGAUAUCUGCAGUUUAUCAAAGAUCAGUUCCCAUGUUUCCCCAGGGUGCUCUGUACAUAGAACUCGCUUCUUGGAUGUGGCAGUACUAGUACACUCAUUGAACCUUACUAAACAUAAACACUUUUGUGAACUGUUCAGGCUUUUUUGAUUAACUUAGACUUGUCAAAGACCUCAUAGGGUUUACAUUGUUGCCUAUUGGUGGCCAAAUAAAGGGUUUGUAACAAUUUUGGCAGUGGAAUCAUUUUUUUUUUUUUUUUUUAAUGAGUGGUAAAUGUGAAGUCCCCAGCCUUGAGUGCUAUGAGUAUUGGAAUUGCCUACAAAAAUAUAAUACUUAAAGGGACUGUAAAUCAGGGUGUGUACUAGCAGUAAAUUGUCAUGAUUUGGAAAAACUAUUUUUUUUAUAAAAAUGCUAGUCUUAGAUUGGAGAACUGUUCCAUCACAAUUAUUUUGGACUACCGUGUGUAGAUCAUUUUUUAGAUUACUUCCAUUCAUAUUUAAUGGAUAAAACCUUUCAGUGUUGAGAGUAACUCCUUCAGUUCAUUCAUACACUUACUACUUUACAUUGUAGCAGAGUGUCAUUUCUUCAGUGUAUAUAGUAAAAUAUUUACAAAAAUGUGAGGGGUGUACUCAUAUUUGUAAAAUACUGUAUAUAGUUUAAUUAAAAAUUGCUUCCGGUUUAGUUAUUUAGGCUUAAAUUUUUGUAAUUUUCUGAAUUACCCAAAAUACUUGGUUUAGAGGAUAACUCAUAGUAUUUUUAUUUUUAGAAGCCUGGGGGAAUAAGCGUGAUCACAGAGGGGCGUUCCUGAUUGAUCGUAGUCCAGAAUACUUUGAACCAAUACUGAACUACCUACGUCAUGGACAGUUAAUUGUCAAUGAUGGAGUGAACCUGUUGGGUAAGCAUUGCUUGAAUUCCUGAAUUGAGGAAGUCGCAGUGACUGGAAAUUCUAAAUGUCUGACAAACUUAAAUAUCUUCUUUUUUUUUUUUUUUUUAAUUUCUUUUUUUGCAGGGGUCCUGGAAGAAGCCAAAUUUUUUAACAUAGUUUCCUUGAUUGAACACCUGGAGUUGGCAAUAAAGGUUAGUUUACAUCAUUUUUAAAGCAUAUGGUAGUGUAUGAAUGUAUUCUAUUAUACUAAAUAAGCGUGUGGUGUGGGGGUGUGUUUUUUUUUUAUUUUUUUUUUAUUUUUUUUAAUUUAAUUAUGAUUAUUAAAGGGACUGUUCAAUAAUGAUUUAACGCUGUACAAUGGGACUGUGCCAGGGAACUCGGUGGGAAGAAGUGUUUAUGGUGCCUAGUGUGUCCCCUAAAGUAAACCCAAUGCUCACUCUGACUGCAAUGACAAUGCUGGUCAUGUCAGUUCUGCUAUAGUGAUUUGACAUCUUUAUGUUGUUCUCAACCACCUUUUUACCCUAUUACAGUGAUACUGCCCACAGGCACAUUUCCUGAUGGUUUUUAUUUUUUUAUUUUAUUCUUUAUAUGAUCGUGCAUAUAGGGUACAAAUAGGCAAGCUAUGCCCCAACUGCUAAUGCUAGCUUAACGAUCAACAUUGGAAUACUUUUGUAGGCAUCCAGUAAACAUUUCCUGAUGUUUAAUGGGGUGUCUGGUUUUUAUUUUUUAUAAUGAAACUUUCCCUUCAGAUCUAUAUUGCUAAACUUACAAACUGCCCAACUGUUGCAGAUGUAUUACAGUCAAUAGAGUAGUAAGUCUUGAGUUUGUUUGGUGGCUUUUUUUUUUUUUUUUUCUCUCCCUUUUUCUGUGUGUCAUAUUUUUCUAUGUAGAAGUCUUCCUCUUGUAGCUUGAUUAUGUAGUGCAAAAAACGUUGUAGAACCAGUGCAAAUUUUUUUUUUUUUUUUAUCAAUAUAAUUCUAACACCGUAGGCACUGUAACCACACAUCAUUUAAGUGUUAUAGUGUCUCUUGUCCCCUUAUUCAGUGUUAAACAUUUUUUGAGUGAAUUAAUGCUGCACAAGUGUCUGCAAUCUGAUUGCAGCCCAACUUCUAUGUGUUUUUCAUGCUUAAUUAGGAAGAGUUACUCAAACAUCCAUGGGCGUGCGGGUUUAGUUGAUUGUUAGCUGACUUAUCUCAGCCUCUCACAACCGCCCAUUGCUGGUGUGAAUAGGUGUGGGUAAGGAAGAGUGUAGUCUCUGCCUUAGCCACGCCUCCAGUAAGGACCAGGCUGUGGGUGGCCAGGGACCUUCAUUCAGUGUUCUAUAUUUCAAAAGCAGUUUAACACUGAAUUAAGACACAAUGCCAGGGAAUUCCAGGUACUAUAACCAAUUUAAGGAAAUUAAAAUUAAAGCUCUGUAGAGCUGCCAUUUAACUGUCAGUAUUAUAUUUAAAUAAUUUAAAAGGUAAAGAUUUUACUUCUAAAAAUUUGUAUCUGCUAUCGUACAUUACAUUCUGUCCAAUGUGUUUUUGUUUUAAACUCUUACAUCUCACGGAUGGGAAGACUUUGCAUUUUAUAAUCACACAUGCAUCUUCUACAUCAGAUUAAUUUAUAUGUGGAUCUAUGUGAAAUUCUAGAUAUAUUUGGCAUCUUCCUGUUAAAAUAAAUUUAUUAGAGGAACUUUUCAAAUUAAGAGGAAGUAUAAGCACUCUAACCUGUAAAUGACCACAUAAUUAGUAUGGGUUUUUUCUAUUCUAAAAUGCAUGCUGGUACUUUUUUUUAAAUCUCUUGUAAUAAAUUUCUGAAAUUGUAUGAUUGGAGAGGUUUUAUUUACGGGGGGAGGGGGGGAGAGGGAGACCAAUUGUUUUGUUAACAGAAGAUACAUUUUUAUUUUUUUUUUCAAUUUUUUUAAAAAAAUUUGUGUCCCUACAGAAUUCACAGCCAGCAGACGAUCACUCUCCCAUCUCUCGUAAGGAAUUUGUGCGUUUUCUUCUUGCUACUCCAACAAAAUCAGAACUGCGAUGUCAGGUAAAUGGCACAUACAUCUGCUGUGUGAUAAGGAGCUUCUCUAAUUCUAUGUACAGUGAUUAAGACCUUGAUGGAGCUUUGCGAAAUAACUUUUAUUUCUAAUAAAAUAAAAUCAGCAUGGUUUUAUGAAGCACAGGUCAUGUCAAACUAACUUGAUUGCGUUCUACGAAGAAGUAAGUAGAAGUAUAGAUCAGGGUGUUGCCGUGGAUGUGAUCUUUUUGGAUUUUGCCAAGGCAUUUGAUACAGUUCCACACAAUAGAUUAGUGUUCAAACUCAAGGAAAUCGGUCUAGAUGAAAAUGCUUGUUCUUGGGUAGAACAUUGGCUUAAAAACAGAGUACAAAGAGUUGUCAUUAAUGGUAAAUUUUCAAGCUGGACAGAGGUGGCAAGUGGUGUCCCUCAGGGGUCUGUUCUGGGACCCCUUCUAUUUAACAUGUUUAUAAAUGAUCUUGAAGACCGCAUUGAAAGUCAUGUUUCAGUGUUUGCAGAUGACACAAAACUUUGUAAAACAAUACAAUGUGAGCAAGAUAUUACUUUGCUGCAGAGGGAUUUAGAUAGACUGGGAGACUGGGCACUCAAAUGGCAGAUGAAAUUUAAUGUUGAAAAAUGCAAAGUUAUGCACUUCGGCGUAAAGAAUACACAAGCAACGUAUACCCUUAAUGGAAGCGAAUUAGGGAUAACAACACAUGAAAAGGACUUGGGAAUUGUUAUAGACAACAAACUAUGCAACAAUGUGCAAUGUCAAUCAGCAGUGGCCAAGGCCAGUAAGGUAUUGUCAUGCAUGAAAAGGGCAUUCAUUCUCGGGACGAGAAUAUCAUUUUGCCUCUUUAUAAAUCACUGGUAAGACCCCAUAUUGAAUAUGCUGUGCAAUUUUGGGCACCUGUUCUAAAGAAGGAUAUUAUGGCACUAGAAAAAGUGCAGAGACGGGCUACAAAAUUAAUAAAAGGAAUGGAACAUAUCGGCUAUGAAGAAAGGUUAACAAAUUUAAACCUAUUUAGUUUAGAAAAACGUCGCCUGAGAGGGGAUAUGAUAACAUUAUACAAAUAUAUUGGGGCCAAUACAAACCAUUGUGUGGAAAUCUAUUCACAAACCGGACUUUACAUAGGACACGAGGCCAUGCGUUUAGACUGGAAGAAAGAAGAUUUCGUCUAAGGCAAAGGAAAGGUUUUUUUUACUGUAAGAACAAUCAGGAUGUGGAAUUCUCUGCCUGAAGAAGUGGUUUUAUCAGAGUCCAUACAGAUGUUCAAACGGCUACUAGAUGCAUACUUGCAAGAACAGAAUAUUCAAGGAUAUAAUCUUUCAAUGUAGGGUAAUAACUGCUUGAUCCAAGGAUAAAUCUGACUGCCAUUCUGGGGUCAAGAAGGAAUUUUUUUCCUAGCUUGUUGCAAAAUUGUGCUUCAAACUGGGUUUUUUUGCCUUCUUUUGGAUCAACAGCAAAAAACAAAUGUGAGGAAGGCUGAACUUGAUGGACGCAAGUCUCUUUUCAGCUAUGUAACUAUGUAACUAUGUAAUACUGAAAGAUGACAAAAACACAAUCUGUAUGCCUCUUCCUUUUGCAGGGUCUGAAUUUUAGCGGAGCUGACUUGUCCCGCCUGGACCUGCGAUAUAUAAAUUUCAAGAUGGCAAAUCUAAGUCGUUGUAACCUUACUCACGUCAACUUGUGUGGAGCUUGCUUGGAGCGUGCAGACCUGUCUGGAUCUGUGUUGGAUGUAAGGAAAGCCCCAUAAUAAAUGUUAGCAAGCCACUAUUGUUAGGGUACUGGACAUUUUGUCCUCCACCCCAUUACUGAAAAUUACCAUAAUUUAUACAGUCUAAUGUAUUCCAUGAUAGUUGUAGAAUCUGCUCUCUAAAGUAAUGUAGAAGGAAUUGGGGUACUUCUAUAAGAGCUUGACAUCUAUUCCUUGGUGUUUCUAAUCCAGUUAAUAGAACACAAAAUGAAUUGGGACAAAAUUUCAAACCACAACGUAAACAAAACCUUUUUACUUAUUUUAUUUAUUUAAAACACCUUAAGGACACAUGACGGAAAUAUUUUGUCAUGAUUCCCCUUUCUUCCAAAAGUUGUGUCCUUAAGAGAUUUACGGGACCUUGGAACCACUUUUUUUUGUUGUUGUUGUUGUUGUUGUGUGUUUUUGGUUUUUGUUUUUGACGGGGGGGGGGGGCAGUAGGAUCUCCUUAUGGAAGAUACAGGUUUUACUGAUUUUAAACAGAGAACAGGAAGGUUUAAAAGACAUAUACAAUCUGAUGUUCUCUUAAAUGGACACUCUAAGCCUCAUUGUUGUGUUUUAUAAAUUAUGGUGCAAGAAGAACCCCUGUCGACUUGAUUUGGUAAUAACUUUUUUUUUUUUUUCAGCUAUAAACCUCCCAGUAACAGGCAUUCGCAUACUCCUAAAAUCCCAACCUCCCCAGACAGGGAAGAAACACUCUAAAUAGUAUUGCACAUCAAAUCAGAAGUAACUCCUGGGAGAGGUGCAUGCAGGUUUUGUUGCUGCUUAGAAAUGCCAAACUUCGCUUGGUUGCCGGGUCUCUUCUAUCAAAUAAAAACCCCUUAAUCCACUAAAAAAGAACUAUCUUUAUUCAAAUGUGCUGGAUUAAUGCUGACCUGUUUCUUGCCUUUAAUGACAUGUUUAGAUGCUAAAUUUGAAUAUAUUUUUCUUUCUUGAUGGGAGAGACCUGACCGCCAAGUUCAGUAACUAAGAUUAGUCCUGUGCCGAGGAGCCUAGGCAGAAGCUCCAUUAAUCUGAUUUGAUGAGAUGUAUUGGUGUGUCACUGCUGUUAGUAUUUGGGAAUUGAACUGGGAAUUGUAGAGCACUGAAAAGGGAAUUGUGACAUUUUAAGCCAAAAUAGCCAUAUUGGAAACAUUCUCUCACGGCUAUUGUUUCAGCCAUACCACCUAGCCCUGAAAUUUAUUUCAUUGUCAAUUGCUGGUAUAUUCAACCCCACAUGCAUGAGUAAAAUCAAGGAGCUGCACCCAUAUGCUGGGCUCAAUGUGAUGGAUUCAUAGGCAGUCCCACAAGAGUACUGUUGCUGUCCUCUUUCAGGCAACUGUUUAUGUCUCUACCUUACAGGGAGCCAAUCUCCAGGGCGUGAAGAUGCUAUGCUCUAAUGCUGAGGGUGCCUCAUUGAAAGGCUGUAAUUUCGAAGACCCAUCUGGCCUGAAAGCAAAUUUAGAAGGUGACAAACUAAACCCCUGUCAUGCAUGCUACACCUUUUUAAAGGAGAAAUAUGUUUGUGUUUUAUCUUCUCUGAUUAAUUUGUUUUAUUCUAAUUUCUUUUUUUCACUAUUCGCUUUAUUUUUUUUAUUUUUUUUUUUUGCUUUGUUUUCUGUGUGUAUCUAUCUAAUCUGUCUAUCUUGUAUCUAAAGGUAGUAUUAAACAAGAGCCUCUUUGCAAUUACAGGUUCCAAAUUUGGCCGCUAGGAUGCCUAAUACAUUUGUACUAUCGUUUUGUUGCUCAAGCAAUUCUUUAAAGGAACACUAUUCACCCAGACCACGUUUUUGCAAUGCAGUGUUCCUGUCAGUUUAACCCUGCAAUCUAAAACUGGGUUAAAUCCGCCUAUAAUGGGGUGGAUAGAAGGAAAUGUGUAGUCCCCCAAAAAAUUGUUCUUUUCAGAAAGAAGGAUUCCCACUAAGCGUAUAGAUUUUAAUUUUUCACUGUUUGCACCCAAGUGAAUAAUUCCUGAAAUCUAGAUUGGCAGGUCAUGGUAGAAUGCAAACUGGAACACUAGUCACCAGAACAACUUUAGCUUAAUGAAGCAGUUAUGGUGUAUAGAUCACUCCUGCAGUCUCACUGCUCCAUUCUCUGCCAUUUAGGAGUUGAAUCAGCUUUGUCUUUUUUGUCUUUGUCUUUGUUUUUUUUUGUUUUUUUGUUUUUUUUGCAACCCCAGCCACACCUCCUCUGGCUUACAUCUGAUUGAAAGUUAAACUAUUUAUUUCCAUGUAACUUUAAAGUUUUUAUCUCAUGCUCUGUAAAAUAAAUUUUAAUUACAUUCAGGAGGCUAUUGCAAGGUUUAGGCAAUUAACAGAGCAGGGGAUAUGAAAUUCAAAAUGAAACCAUAUUUUCAAUACAGGAAGUAUAAACAUUAGAUGACUCUUUACAGGAAAGGUUUAGGAAGGCUGUGCAAGUCAAAUGCAGGGUAGGUGUGGCUAUGGCUGCAUUAACAAAGUGAUUUAACUUGUAAAUGGCAGAGAAUUGAGCAAUGAGACUGCAAGGGCAUGAUCUAUACACCAAAACUGCUUCAUUAAGCUAAAGUUGUUUUGGUGACUACAGUGUUCCUUUUAAAGCUUCAGAAACGGUUCAAUCCUCUUUCUAUUCAGAGAAGUCCAUAGCUUUGUUUGAGUGAUAAUGCAAGUCCAGACUUGCUGUGAUUGACCUGUCAAAUCCCAUGGAUAGACCAGUCCAGUGAGCCCAUUUUUUUUAUCUGUGAAGUUGUGUUUUUAUGUAUGCUGAGGGUGCGUAGAUGGAAUGCCUAUCUCUGCUUUAACGCAAUUUUAAUUAUUACAUUAAAGUAAAUGUGUAAACCCUUUUAGCAAUUCAACAUUACUGUUACAUCUUCAUUCAUAUGACAUGCAUAUUUGUGGGACAUGAUGAAUAUAACACAUGCAACUCUAUUUCCCACCCUUUAUACUCUAGGUGCUAAUUUGAAGGGUGUUGAUAUGGAAGGCAGCCAGAUGACUGGGAUAAACCUUCGGGUGGCAACCCUGAAAAAUGCCAAACUGAAGAAUUGCAAUCUGCGUGGCGCCACAUUGGCAGGAACUGACCUGGAGGUGAGAGAACAAGCUUGGAGAUAAGGUGGUGGUUAUAGAAUGAAGGAAAUUCAGUCAAAGGUAAAUCUGGUCACUGAAUGAGAAAGCUGACCUUUUUGUUUAGAGGGUACAUUUUAUGGCAAAGAGAAGAAACAAACUAAUGGUUUUUGUAAGUGGGAGAGGACUAGGGAAUCAACUUUUAGAUGAGUGUGUGGAGACAGAACAGAUUGGAAGUCGUUGACUUGUACAUGAGGUGGAAAGGAGAAGAAACUGAUAUUGAAAUGUAAUAAUGAAAGUAAUCGGGCCUUGCAAAGUUAUAGUACGGGCUGAAUUAAAGAGUGUAUAUCUGAAAUAAUCAGACCUUCAUUAGUGUUUGUUUGUUCCUUUAUAACCCACGUUCUGUUUGUUUUAUAUUUCUACUCCAGAACUGUGACCUUUCUGGGUGUGAUCUUCAGGAAGCCAACCUCCGCGGUUCCAAUGUCAAAGGUGCCAUAUUUGAAGAGAUGCUGACCCCACUGCACAUGUCUCAGAGUGUUCGAUAGACACAAUGCUUGUUGGUUAAUCACACAAGCCCCUGACAUCAGAUAAUGUGAGAGGAGGAAACUGAUAUAUUUAUAUAUUUUUAGUUAACCAGAUCAGUAAUCGUUCCAAGCUUUCACUGAUUUACUGCAAAAAGAAACUCCUCCAUUGCAUUAUUCUGCACAGCAGAUGGGUGCCUUCUAGUGUACACAAAUGGGUGAAAGUUACUUGUGUUCACAUGUCUCCUGGUGCUACCACUGUAUCCACAGCACAGCCUGUUUGGGUCUGAGUGUCCUACAUGUGUCACGUGAUGGUGUAAAUAACUGCGUUGGUAUUUUAUAUGCAAAUUGGUGUACUAGGUACACGUUCGUCGACCUGCAUAAAGCACAGGAGUAUUAUGUGGUUACAAUGGUUUAAACUGGCUGGCUACAGACUGUUCUUCGUUAAAAUUGACAGUGCCGUUUCAUCACGGGCAGACAAGAUUUUUAAAAGAAUCUUCUCUUAACUUCUCUGGCAUUCUGUAUCCGAAUGUCACCUGACAUCCGAGUGAUUAGGGGUAGAUUUUGUCCACACCUUAGUAGUAAAUGAGCUUGAGCAUUUUUCAAGCUUCGUACAUGUAUUGGAGGAUUAUAAUGAUGUGGUGAUGGGAAUACACACUCGAGUACAAAUACCAUGGGGCAGAGAUGAGCUAUCACUGGCUGUGGAUAGUGACUCCCACUGCUCUCAGCCUACAACAUCAGCAGUGUUAAUGGAUGCUAAUCCCUGCCGUAUGCUCACAACAGCACAAAUUGUUUCACGCAUGUUUUUAAACAUAUUGAUUAAAAAAGCCAUUUUAUAUAAAUGCACUCUGUAACAAUGCAUUCUGAGUGCACUCACUCACACUGAUCUGCUUGCUUUUACCAGUGGUUAUAUAAUUGGGUUCGAUCUAUAUCCUGAUGGCUUUCAAAAGUUAAAAUCUAUUUAUCUUGCAUUAUUCAUAUUUGCCAGCAAUAUACCUGGCACAGUGUAUAAGUGAUGACAAAUUGUGUUCUGUAAAGGGCACACAUACAUUUUUAGGAUGACAGGUGCCUUUUUAAGUAGCAUCAGCUGAUCCUGUGUAAUAAAGAGAAGAUUCCAAAGCUAAACUGAUCUUCUCUUACCAGGACACCCAAGCUCUGUAUAACGAGAUGUGAUACCAGUCUCUAGUGUUGCCUCCUGCAUUGCUGGUGGCAGUUGCUCCAUGUCAUCGGCAGCAAGGAGGUUUGAGUGCCUUAUUGCACUGUCACAGCUGCUCCUGAAGGAAGCUUUCAGUUAUGCAAAAUGACAGUACAAAGUAUUGAACUGUUAUCCCUCUUAACCCUAUACACAAUAAAUAUUUUUUGUAAGUUAAUGGCAUGUUUUGCUUUUGUGUGUUUUAAGGUAUUUUUUAUUGUAACAUUCCUGCUUAAUGUUAUUUAUGUAAGAAUGUAUAUGUUAAAGUAUACCUUUCAUCUGCAGAUGUGUAAAAGGCAAGGUUAACCCCUUAAGGACCAAACUUCUGGAAUAAAAGGGAAUCAUGACAUGUCAGACAUGUCAUGUGUCCUUAAGGGGUUAAAGGACCACUCUAGGCACCCAGACCACUUCAGCUUAAUGAAGUGGUCUGGGUGCCUGGUCCAGCUAGGGUUAACCCAUUUUUGUCUCUGAAACUGCUAUGUUUAUGAAUGGGUUAAGCCUUCCCCCAUUCCCUCUAGCGGCUGUCUCAUUGACAGCCGCUAGAGGCGCUUGCGUGCUUCUCACUGUGAUUUUCAAAGUGAGAGCACGCCAGCGUCCAUAGGAAAGCAUUGAUUGGGGGUAUUUUUCUUUUCAUUUUUAGCAUGAGGGGGAAAAAAAAAACAAACCAAACAAACAUGUAAUAAAGUAUGAUCAAGGGUCUCGAGUCCCAGUGUUACUUCCAUACAUGUUUACACAGCCUACUAAAUUAUGUCCAUCUGCCCUCUGUAGCUAAUAGCCACCACAUGUCCCAAAUUGAGUAGCACUUGGUCUUUUGGCCAGAUAUAUAACACAAACAGUUAAUGUGUGGCUUUUAACAAGAAAAAUACACAAUCUCUAAUUCAUUAAAUUGCUCUUUCAAUUAUCUGGAUUAAGCAGCAGGGGUUUGGAAUACAAUUUAACACUGACACCCCCACCUGUAUGUACAGGUGUAUAAAUACAUUGUAGUCACUGAAUAGUUUGCCAUUUCAGAAGAUCUUGUGCUAAAUUACCAUCCACUGCCAACCCAAGCCAGGUAAUUCAUCAAAAUAUUACUUUUGAUAUUUAUUCUGUCUGUCUUUGUUUGAAAAAUAAAUAUAUUAUGUAUCUCUUUUUAUUUUUCUCCAUCCCAUUGUACAGUGGUACAGAAAUGUUGGC